CCUCCGAGACAGCCCCUCGCCCGGCCGGGAGCGAGAAGCAAGCGGCUUGGCACCUCAGCCUGCCUCUUCGCCUCUCUCCCCCAAGAAGCCAAGAUCUGCAAAUAUUCCAAUCAAGAUCACGGAGAUGGACAAUGUCCUCAUCGAUCGAUCUGCCAGCGGAUUCGACUUCAUGCGGUGGACGGACGCCGUCGACGAUGGCUGCCGCAGCAUCGCCAUGAGCGCGCUGCCGCCCCGCACAAGCAGCAUCUACAGCUCCUUCCCAUACGUUUCGCAGCUGCCCCCGUUUCAGUACACGCCGUACCUGCACUCUUCGCUCUCCCUCCCUCCGCUGCCUCCUCGCCGCCCGGCUCUGGGCCCGCUCCCGCCGGUGAUGGCGAGCAUGGCCAAGUACGCCGCGGCGCCGCAUCGGGCGGCGGCUGCCGCUAUGGGAAAGCCCGCGGCGCCGAGGAGGACGGGACUAGGAGAGUACAAGAGGAAGAAGCCGCGGGCGCCGAGGCCGGGGGAGGAGCCGCCGAGGGCGCAGCGGAGGAAGCCGCUGGAGCGCGCCACGCCGCUGCCGUCAGCGCCGGCGGUAGUCGAGGCGCUGGACGAUCUGGAGCGCGAGGUGACCAGGGGGUUCGUCGAGGACCUGAUGCACGCCCUCGCGCCGCCGCCAAGUAGCCUGCCCCUGCCCACCUUCUCACUCGUCCGGGCUGCCGGCGUGAAGACUGCCGUGGCAUCCUGCGCCGUGUAGACACUGGAAUGCGCGCCGCCGGUGAGGCGUCCUCCGGCGCCACCAGUACGUCCGCGUCUUUCUUUCACCAAGACUUUUUCUUUGGAUGGAAGAAAAGUGCAAACCAUGGUUUUUAAAAACUGGGUUAUUUCCUUCCUUAUUUUCUUUUUAGAAUCCUUCUGUUUUUGGAUACUCUGAUGUGAAAGUGAACCUAAUUUUAAGGGUUUGCAUAGCAUUCAGAGUUAAACCUUCUUGAUGGGGUCUGUUUUUAUUGGCUUGUAUCAAGAAUUCAAGAUCAAACCUUUACUCUUUCGCAUAUGUAUGGUUCGCCAUUUCAGUUCAAUGAAAUAAUUUGUGGUUCCA